CACAGUCUGUCUGAUUUUCUCCUGUCCGAAUCGCCACCUCCGUUCUCCGUUCCAUUUCAAUUUCCUUAAUCAGACCCAAAACGAAACCCUAAUUUUAAAAUCGGUGGGUACCUGAAAAAGGAAAGAAAAUGUCAGGGAAAGGAGCUAAAGGGUUGAUUACAGCAGCGGGCAAAUCGACUGUUAACAACAAAGAUAAGGAUAAAAAGAAGCCUACCUCUCGCUCUUCUCGCGCUGGUCUUCAGUUUCCAGUAGGACGGGUUCACCGACUGUUGAAGACCAGGGUUUCUGCGAACGGGAGGGUUGGGGCAACAGCUGCUGUAUAUACAGCAGCUAUACUGGAAUAUCUAACUGCCGAAGUGUUGGAGUUGGCCGGAAACGCAAGCAAGGAUUUGAAGGUGAAACGUAUAACACCGAGGCAUUUGCAGCUAGCGAUUAGAGGGGACGAAGAACUUGACACACUCAUCAAAGGAACAAUUGCCGGUGGUGGAGUUAUACCGCACAUUCACAAAUCACUCAUUAACAAAUCCACCAAGGAGUAAUGUGAUGCACUUCAUCUCUUUUGUGUUGUGUUUGUAUCUUAAAAGCGGAUAAAAUGUAUGAGAAACAAUGAUAAGCAAGGAACCAAUUGUGCUUUUGAUAAUCUUUUUUCAGCAGUGAAUUGGGGACUUGAAUGUUGUUUGGUAA